GUCUACCAGCAUGCUGCUGCUACACAAAGCUUUGGUCCUGGGCCUUAGACAGACCUACAGACUGAAGUCAACUCCCUCAAGGCUGUGCAUUCAGGCCUGUUCUGCAAAUGAUUCAUUUCAGCCCCAGAGUCCCAGACUCACCUCUGGUGGUAACUCCAGUACUGGGGGAUGGAGAGCCAUGGGAACCUUACUAGGCCUUGGUGCAGUAUUGGCCUAUCAUGACCACCGCUGUAGGGCUGCUCAGGAAUCACCACGAAUUUAUACCAAGGAGGAGGUACGUUCCCACAAAAGCCCUCAGACUGGGAUCUGGGUAACUCUGGGCUCUGAUGUCUUUGAUGUCACGGAAUUUGUAGACCUACACCCAGGUGGCCCAUCAAAGCUAAUGCUAGCAGCUGGGGGUCCCCUAGAGCCCUUUUGGGCCCUCUAUGCUGUCCACAGCCAGCCCCAUGUGCGUGAGUUACUGGCUCAGUAUAAAAUUGGGGAGCUGGACCCAGAAGACAAUGUGGCCCCUACUUUAGAGACCUCUGAUCCUUAUGCGGAAGAUCCUGUACGUCACCCAGCCCUGAAGGUCAACAGCCAGCGCCCUUUUAAUGCAGAACCUCCUCCUGAGUUGUUAACUGAAAACUACAUUACUCCCAAUUCUAUCUUCUUCACUCGAAACCAUCUGCCUGUACCUAACCUGGACCCAGAAACUUAUCGCUUGCACAUAGUAGGAGCACCUGGAGGUCAUUCCUUGUCAUUGUCUCUGGAUGACUUACGUAAGUUUCCUAAACAUGAGGUCACAGUCACUCUGCAGUGUGCUGGCAACCGGCGAUCUGAGAUGACUCAGGUCAAGGAAGUGAAAGGUCUAGAGUGGAGGACAGGAGCCAUCAGCACUGCACGCUGGGCUGGAGCACGGCUCUGUGAUGUGUUAGCCCAGGCUGGUCACCAGCUCUGUGAAACUGAGGCCCAUGUCUGCUUUGAAGGUCUGGACUCAGACCCCACUGGAACUGCCUACGGAGCAUCCAUCCCUCUGGCUCGGGCCUUGGAUCCUGAAGCUGAGGUCCUGCUGGCAUAUGAAAUGAAUGGGCAGCCUCUGCCUCGUGAUCAUGGCUUCCCUGUGCGUGUGGUGGUUCCUGGUGUGGUGGGUGCCCGCCAUGUCAAAUGGCUGGGCAGAGUGAGUGUGGAGACAGAGGAAAGUCACAGUCACUGGCAGCGGCGGGACUACAAAGGCUUUUCUCCAUCUGUGGACUGGGACACUGUAGACUUUGACUCAGCCCCAUCUAUCCAGGAGUUACCUGUCCAAUCAGCCAUCACAGAGCCUCAGGAUGGACAGACUAUAGAAUCAGGGGAAGUGACUGUCAAGGGCUAUGCGUGGAGUGGUGGUGGCAGGGCUGUGAUCCGGGUGGAUGUCUCUCUGGAUGGGGGGCUAACCUGGCAGGCAGCUGAGCUGGAUGGAGAGGAACAGCGCCCCAGGAAGGCCUGGGCCUGGCGCUUAUGGCAGCUGCAAGUGCCUGUGCCAACUGGGCAGAAGGAACUGAACAUCGUUUGUAAGGCUGUGGAUGACAGCUACAAUGUGCAGCCAGAUACUGUGGCCCCAAUCUGGAACCUUCGAGGUGUGCUCAGCAAUGCCUGGCACCGUGUCCACGUCCGUGUCAUCCCAUGAGAGCAUGGAAUGGAGUCAUCUAUACACCAGCACCACUUCAACUCCUUUCCCACCCAUUCUUUAGAUUCAGUGUCACACAAAAACCUUUCCUUCGUCUCCACUUCUUGGAUCACAACCUUGUACUACACCUUCCUAAGUCCUACCCAAGAUCUACCCUCCUUUGACACCUAACCCUGUACCAACAGGUUGGAGCAAGGGCCUAGAAACUUUUUUUUUUUUAAAGGAAAGUAAUUCUGGGACUGGAAAUGAUUUUGAGUGAUGAAGAUGUGACUCAGCUGUGAAUGGAAAAAGCCAAGUGGAAGCACAAGGUCCUGAGUUCAAGCCCUCGUACCAGCGCUCACGCACACACACAAUACUGGAGACAAGAAUUAUUUUCUCAUCCUAGUCCUCUCCACUUCAUAUGUCUAUUGCCAUCUAGGCCUUAUUUUGCUUCGCUCGGGAUCUUCAGGAAUAUGUGUGGCUCAUGAAAGAAAUGUCUCUACUAUUUUCUACUGCCUCUAAAUUGCCAAGGAGUAGUGAGAACCCACAGCAAGGAGCACAACUCUCUUCUUUGUAUUGAUACUUUUUCUAAAUCAAUAAAAUAUAUUUGAGAUUUUUA